AUGGCCAAGCCGAUCGCGUCGAUGGCAAUGCUGUGGCUGGUCGCGGCGUCCGCUGCGCACGCCGGCCAUCCCGCGCCGGCCUACGCCCCUGCCCCUGCCCCUCACUACCACCAUCACCACCGACAUGCUGCGGCGCCGAGCCCUCACAACCACCGAGGCCAUCACGCCCCGGCACCGGCGCCGGGGCCUGCGCAGCUGCCAAGGACUCCCAGCCCCAAAGGUGCCGGCCAUAUACCAACGCCAGGUCCUUACAGCCAUGACGCCGCAGCACCGGCGCCGGUACAUUGGAGGCAUCAUCCUCACCCCCGCCACCACGCUACAGCGCCCGCUCCUGUUUUUGGCAACCAGCCGGCCAGCGCCCCGAGCCAGUACAACCAUGGCGGCCACAUCGCCGCGGCGCCUGCUCCGGUUCAUGGCACCCAGCCGGCCAGCGCUCCGAGUCCGCAGCACCACCAUGGUGGCCACGACGCUCCAGCGCCGGCGCCAGUUCAUGCCAACCGUCCGGCCGGCGCAUCGACUCCGCACCACCAUGCUCGCCACAACGCUCCAGCGCCGGCGCCGGUUCAUGCCAACCAGCAGACCGGCGCACCGACUCCGUACAACCAUGUCGGCCACAGGGCUCCUGCGCCGGCGCCGGUUGUCCAUGCCAAACAGCCGGCCAGUGCUCCUGCUCCUGCUCCAAGCCCGCACCACCACGGUUCGGCUCAGGCUACAGUCGUGCCAGCUCCGCAUCACGAGGAAGCGACGACGCCGGCGCCGGUCCCGGCCCCGGCUCGCGUCGGCGAAGAGGCUCCCCCACCGAGUGAUCUCGCGCGUCCGCCGGCUUCUGAUUACUACCCCUCGUCCGCCCCCGCCCCGGCGCCGGGAAUUUCUGCUGCCUCCGUCGCCUUCGCCGGCGGAUCAUCGGGGCUUCUCGGAGCGAUUGCCCUGUACUUGUGCGCGGCCGUGCUUUUUCUUUAG